AGAGGAGGUGCCAUCUCUCUCUCUCUCUCUCCCCCUCUCUCUCUCUCUCUCUCUCGCUCGCUCGCUCUCGCUCACACACGGAUACUGUUGUUGUUGUUUUUGCUUUGAAAAUACGAAUGUUGUGAAUUAAUAUAUUGUGGAGAAGAGGAGGUGGAGGAGGAGGAAGAAGAAGAAGAAAGAAGAGGAGGAGAAGGAAGAAGACGAAGGAAAAUUAUAAGAGGAAGAAGAGAAAGAAGGAUAAUAAGAAAAGGAAGAAGAGAAUAAGAAAAAAAAAGAGGAAUAAGAGAAGAGGAAGAGGAAGAGGAAGAAGAAGAAGAUAAAGAAGAAGAGUUAACACGUUCGUUCGUAUGACUGUUAGUGAUUGAAGGUCGCCAUGAGGUCACGCCGCUGCCCCGGGGUGGUGGUGGUGCUGCUGCUGGUGGCGGCGGCGGCGGUGGUGGAGGCCCAGUUCGCCCUGGUGUCCCCCGCCUUCUCCUCGCCCUUCGCCGCCCCCCUGGUCAGGCUGCGCCCCGGCGGAGGCUUCGGAGGUGCCAGAGGGGGAGCUGCGCCCCUCCCUCAGGGUUCCCGCCUUCCCGCCUCCCCCAGGGAGAGUGAGAUCGCCGCCAUCUUCCGCGGCGUGGCGUACGGCGCCCCCACCACCGCCAGACCCGCCGCCGCCGCCACGCCGGCAGGCCCCCGCACCACGGCGGCCGCCCCCAGCGAGGCCUACAGCACUGCUGCCCCCGCCGCCACGACGGCGACCCCCGCCACCACCACCACCACCACCACUACUUCACCACCAGCGACCACCACGACCACCCCCACCCCCGCCUCUCGCCGCGCCCCCCAGGAGGUAGAGGUGUCCUGGGCGGGGCGCGGGGCACGGCGCCCCACUGAGGCGUAUGAGCUGGCCGCCAACAUGAGCCAGGCACAGCGCCCCGCCCGCGGCACCGAGGCGGGGGUGCGGGGUGCGGCGGCGGCGCUGGGGGCGGCGUGGACGGUGCAUGUGUUCGGCAGUGUGGCGGCCAUGGCGGCGGUGGCGGCGGCGGCGCUGUGCUGCCUGGCCCACGCCGCCCUCACGCCGCCGCCGCCGCGCCCACCGCGCCUCGCCGGCCAUGGGCUGGCGGCGGUGUUCGCCGCGCUGCGCUGCCUCUCGCUGCUGCAGGACCCAUACGGUGCGCGGGGCGCCCUGCCUCCCGCGGCAGCGGCGGCGCUGUGGGAGGCGGCCUGGCCCUGCCUCGGCCUGGCCCUGGUCUUGCUGGCCCUCGCGCUGGCCAGAGACACGCGCCACGCCCUCCACGCCCGUCCGCACGCCGCCCACGCCCUCACGCUGCUGACGGCCCUGCACGCCGCCGCCUUCACGGCCACGCGCCUGGCGGCGAGCCUCCUGCCGCGCCACGCAGCGCCGCUGCGGGCCGCGGCGCACGCCACGGCGGCCACCUGGGGCGGCGCCGUGGGCGGCUGUGUGCUGUGGGCGGCGUGGCGGCUCGGGCACGGCGGCGGCGGCGGGCGGGGGUUGCAGCUCCUUGGCCUGCGUGCCUCGGGGCGCCCCGCCCCUGCCCCAACCCUCGCCGCCACCGCCGGAGCUGCCCAGCUGCUCCUCGCCGCCCUCAGCUUGGGUGGCCUCGCCGCGCCGCCAGCCGCCGCCCAACCGUGGGCGUGGUGGACACUCGUCAGCCUGUGCCGCGGCCUGGAGGCGGCGGCGGCGGCGGCGGUGGUGGCCGCCACCUUCCUGCUGGGCCGCGCCGCGCCUCCUGCCGCCGCCCGCCGCGGGGACGCCACUGCCGCCGUGUUCUCCGUGCUGGGAGAGGCACGCCACAGCCUCAAGGGCCGUCACGUCUUCCCCGCGCCCCGCCACGCCCUCAAGCCGCCGCCGCCGCCGCAGUGGGCCGCCCCUGCCGCCACGCACGACGUCACCGCGGACUUCACGCUGGCGUGGCCGCGGCAGGAGGGCGGCGGCGGGUCCAUGCUGGUGCAGGAGAGCGGCUUCGUCAGGUUCAGGACGCAGCAGGACGGUGCGCCGCCCCCCGCCUACACGCUCCCCGCGGCGCCGCCCCCCUACACCGCCGCCACGCUGCCGCCGCCGCCCGCCCGCUACUACUGCCGCCCCUGCAGCAGCCUGCCGCGCCCCCGCCGCCCUUCCGCCACCGCAGCGCGCCGCGCCCGAGAUGCCGCCGCCGUGGACACCACCAAGCGCCGCCACCAGACGCUGCCGUCCGCCCCCGCCCACGAGCGCCGCCCCCAGCGCCUGCCGCCCCAGUACCAGGUGGCGCCCUACACCCUUCCGCCGCCGCCGCCGCCACCUGCCGCCACCCACACCUACGCCACGCCGCUCCGCGCCACCGCCCGCGUCCCCGCCAGCCCCGCCGAGCAGCGCGGCGUGGACUACCUCACCGACGCCUCCGCGGCCUCCGGCGAUGGGUACGCCCUGAGCCUCUCCCUGCCCCGCCGCCCUGACCCUCCCGCCGCCCGCCCCCUCACCCUGACGCUGCCCCUCACGCCCCACGCCCACACCGACGCCUCCACCAGCAGCACGCCCUUCACGCCGCCCAGCCUGCCGCCGCCCCUCACCCCCCGGCCCCCCGCGCCCUCCCCCAACUCGCCCCGCGGCGGCACCCCGGACUCAGGCUUCGCGCCGGACUUCUCGCCCCAGCAGGCGGCCGCCAGCCCCGCGGGGCGACCCUCGCUGCUCUACAAAUUAGUGGGGGGCGGCAUGGGGGGCUACGCGCCCCUCCACGUGGACGACGCCUCCCCGCCCCACCCCCGCUGCCACCCCGGCACCCCCGCCCCCCACUCCGUCACCCCCGUGUAGCUCCGGUACGCCCCCACACCGUGCCCCGGGGUGAGUGGCCGCGCCGGUGGACGCACCACACGUGUGUGGCACUGCAGUGCCGCCGUGACGCCCACAGACAAAUUCAGUGGCUACACAGCAAAGGGCGUCACC